CAUUGCAAAACAUUGAAAAACAUUGAAAAACAUUUAAAAAAUAGUGUCUAAAAAAUACUGAAAAAGUUUCGUGCGGUUUACAUUUCUGUCUGCGUCUUAAUAUCAUACCAAGCGUUAGGAUCUCUGAGACGGGAACUCCAGGAAGACGGAAGAUCAACAACAUCUGAUGACAUCUAUUCUUUUUUAGUUCUACGAGACAAUAAAAAAAAUAAAGAAAAUGGAUACCAAAAUGGAUGCGCGUGGCCAGGGCCAGAGUCAAUUUCCGGCUUCGUUUCCGGAUACGUUUAAGAAUUUCUUUGAAUUGAUGAAUGAAGAUGAGGAUCACUGCGAACUCUUUGCCAAUCUGCUGGAGGAUAAGGUAAUUCCACGCAACAGUAUAACAAUGAAUGCCCAGCGGCAACGCUGCGGCGGUAGCCUACGUAGCCACCAUGUUGGCCGUUCCAAUUCCCAUUUUCAGCAGGCGCCAUCGCAGCGUCGACAACAGAUUCUUUUACAGGGGGGACCUCCCCGCAGCCGUAGCGGCAGCAGUGGUGACAUGACAUUAACGAUGACCAUGACCAUGGCUGACGGUCAGUCAUCAUCUGUUGUCAGCCCUGGAAAUGGUCAUCGGUUCAUGGAAUACACCGGGGGUCGUUCCGCUUCUUAUCGCUUGAAUCGUGCGCGUCGCAGCUCUCUGAGCUCCAGCGCAACCGGCAUUAAUCGCGUUGGUUUCUGUGGACUUGGCUCCACCAGCUGCUCGAGCAGUAGCAGCAGCUUAAUUAAUGUGGACGACGAGCCAGUGCAUCACGUCCACAGCCAUCAUCAUCAUCGUCGUCACCAUAGGUGCCGCAGUUGCAGCGGCUCGCUGCACAAUUGCAGCCACGGUCUCUGUACCCAUUCGCAGCCACACUCUUCCGAGCGCAGGUCGUCGACACACCUGGGCUCGGAUGUCCAGCAGGAAUGCAGCCUGGACCCAACUAACGCCAAUCUAUCUCAACAGCCACUGCAGCAGCAGCAAACGCAACAGCAACAAAUGCAACAGCAACAACACCAGCAACAACAACAGAAUCUCGAACUUGACAUGCAGCAGCAGCUGCAACACUUGCGUCUCGGCCCCGAUGGGGAGGACAACUCUGUCGGCCGUUUGGCGAGCAACUUUAUCAUACCUCGACGCUUGUCCGACAGCGCCAGAGAUCGACCGCCGCCGCGCCACUCGAUCAUCCUCGAGCGGGCCUUUGAUUUUGACACCAGCUGUGACGAGAGCGAUAUACCCAGUUGCAGCACGCCAGGGCCUGUGCCCUCGCCGGCCCCGCAUCAGCUGGCCUACAAUGUGCUCAAGCCCAUACUGAAGCAGCCACAGCCGCAGCCGCAGCAGCAGCAGCAGCUUAUGCAGCAUCAGCAUCUUCAGCAGCAUCAUCUGCAGCAGCAACAUCUGCAGCAUCAACAGCAGAUGCAUCCAAUGCAGCCACAGCAGUAUUCCCCGCUCCCGCAGCAUUCCCAGCUCCCGCAGCCUCCGCCGUAUUCCCAGCUUCCGCAGUUUCCGCAGCAUUCGCAGCAGAUAAUGCCGCAGCAUCCGAGUACAUCGGGAUAUGGGCACGUACAUCGGCUACUGCCGACGCCGCCGACACAUGGGGGAUUGGGCGCCUACCAUACGCGGGAGUCGGCGCUGCAGCGCGUCCAGCAACAGAGCGGCAUGGGCAGUCACGGCAAUUUGUACGGCAAUGCACCGAGCGGCUCCAGCACCAGCUCCAUGCCUCCCUACGGCUAUAAUGUGCAGCAGCCACAGCAGCCACAUCUGGCAGCUGGCUACAAUAUGCCAUAUAAUUGGGAACGGGAGCAGGAACAGGAGUGGGAGCUGGAGCAGGAACAGGAGCAGGAAUGGACCGACGAGCCGAGCACAUCGACGCAAGCAACUCGCAGUAGCUAUGGGGAUUAUCUGAAUGCAUUGCCCGGUUCAGGACCGCCGGGACCGGGCCUGGCUCCAGGCUCUAGUCGUCCGAGCAUGCGAGCACAGAUGUCGCCCAUUUUAAAUAGACGUCGCUCCUCAACGAUUGCGGCCAACAGCAUGCUGUUGCAAGCCGAUCCCGGCCACGGUCGCAACAGCAUCGCCGGUGCCGAGGAUCAGCAGCGUGGCGUUCACAGCAACAAUACCAGACAACAACAAUUACCACAACUAUAUAGCUACAGCCACGACCACGACCACGCCCACGUCCAUGAUCAAGCCCAAGAUCACGCCCACAAGCACAAGCACAACCAUAACGACAGAUGUACAACAAUUUGUGAACGCCUCCAAAGUUUGGCUGCGAAAAUCCGUUCAACAUUCCAUAGCACAGAAAUGCGAAGCAAACUCUCAUCGAUUGCUACUCAGAAUGAAUUUGGCAUUCGAGCUGUGGAGCGCGUCUGCCUGGCCAAAUCGCCGCUUGGACGUGACGGCAUCGAGAGCUGCACCGUGCUUACCUUUCAGCAGGCAAUGUCUGGCGCAGUGUCGCCUCAGUAUGCAGCAGCCGGAGCCGUAGGAGGUGGAGGAGUCGCGCCCAACGGGCAGUUGCCAGUCAAUGAGCUGGACAAAUGCCUGUUGGGAUCCAGCAGCGCGCUGGCGGCUGUCGCCGAGGUCACAACAACCAGUGGACCCGAUGCCACCGACUCGCCUACAGCCGAUUCCAGCGACUACCUGGGCUUAUCCCUGUCAAAAGCAAUGAUUUCACAGCAACAGCAACAGCAGCAACAGCUGCAACAGCUGCAACAACACCAACAACAAUACAGCAGCCAGCACCGAGAACGGGGCGUCGGAGAAUCUGCAGCCGGACCUUCAGCUGGAGCCGGCGCCAUAGCACAGCAACUGGCAGCUCAUGGCAGUACCGCAAACUUUGCGGCUGUCCAGUAUGGUAACCGCAUGGCGGAACGCCAGCGUCUGAGAACCUCCAGCAUGCCAGCGGAGGGCCGUAAGCCGCGAUUGGCCGAGACGCGUCGUUCGGCUAUUCACUGUGGCCCGGAUGCGGACGUGGACUAUUAUCGGCUGCGCAGCUUUAGCAUAACCUCGCAUGGCGUUUGCAAUCUGGGCGAUUCUUUACGAAGUCGCAGGUCACGUUCGAUCAAUUCGGUAACAUCAGCGGGCACCGGCAACUCCCACAGCGCCGCGGAUCGUCACAACAGCAAUGCCUCGGGCGACAUUGUGGAGGGCGACCAUUCGCACGCUUCACAGCAACAGGCCUACAAUCAACAGCAGCAACAGCAGCAGCAGCAACAGCAGCCGCAACAGCAGCAGCAACAGCAGCAGCAACAGCCGUCGACAUCGCAGUCGGCGUCGACGUCGACGUCGCAGCCGCCAAAAGCGACUAGCCAGGCGGCUGAGGUAGAGAUUCCGGCAUAUAAAAUCGCCAUGCUAGGCGGAUCCGGCGUAGGCAAGACAACGCUAACAUAUCAGUUCACAACCUCGGACUACAUAUGCGCCUACGAUUUGAGUCUGGAUGAUGACUACGGCCGGAAAACGGUCUCCGUGCUGGUCGACAACAUUGAGACGGACCUGGAAAUGAUUGAUCAUCCGGCCUGCGAGAUGUCGACUGAGGCUUUCUGCGCCACAUACAACAUUGAUUUGUUUGUGGUGGUCUAUUCGGUUGUGGAUCGGGGCACCUUCAAGGCAGCCGAAAAGGUGCUGACCUACCUGAAGGAGAACGACAUGCUUUUGACUCGCGGCGCCAUUCUGGUUGGCAACAAGACGGACCUGGAGCGUCAUCGCGAGGUAUCGCGCCAAGUCGGGCGCAAGCUGGCCAAGGAAAUUGCCUGCAAAUUUAUUGAGACCUCCUCGGGACUGGACCAUAACGUGGACGAGCUGCUGGUGGGCAUUGUGGCCCAGGUGAAGCUCAAUCCGCAGCGCAUCCGGCUGCUCAGUGACUCGGAACGGCAGCGCCUCAAUAUGCAGAGCACAAUACAGAAUCAUCGGCACAUGCAUUUGCCGGCCCGCCGCAUGGUGCGCCAGAUGAGCAUGUGCCGCAGUGGAGAUGACGACGGCAGCGAUGAGGAUCUGGGCAUGGAGCCGAGCACCUCCGCCGCGGCACGCAGCCAGCAAGUGCGCCGGGCAAACCGACGCGCCCUCAAUCUGGAGAACAUCCUACGGAUGGGCGAGAGCGAGAUGGAGGAUGAGGACAGCAGCGACUCGCAUCGACCGCGUGCCUCUGGCAGCACACUCAGCAAAUUCGAGCAGCUUGCCGCAGGCAUCCGCAAGCGUCGAGCCCGGUCCAACUUCAACGAGAAUGGGCCAUCCACUUCGGCGGCGGCCGCUGCAGCUAGGCGCCACUCGAGCGCAGCUCUCGAUGGAGUCCUCGACUACGAGGACGACGACGACGACGUCGACGACGAUGAUGCUGAUGACGAUGAUGACGAUGAUGACUCUAACGGGGUCACCGAUUGCAACCGGAAGGUGGUCACUAAGCUGACGACUCGGACGCGGAUCUUUCUGGCCACCGUGUUGCGCUUCAAGAGGAACUUGAAGAGGCGCAACUCCUCCAGCUGCAGCAAUUUGUUUGUCAUCUAAAAGGAGUGAGUGUCCAACUGAGGUAUAGACUGAUUGUAUAUUGGGGAAACCAAACCAUAGAGCAGGGCAGCUGGAGCAGAUCGGAGGAAACAUCGAUGAGGCCGUGUCAAAUAAAAAUCAGAAUGUGGCUUAGCCACGCAAAUAAGUAAA